UGAUGUGAACGUCUACUUCCUUCCUCCUCGAGCCCUUCCUGCCCUGUCUCCCUCCUCCCUCCCUCCAGCAGCAGCCGCAGCAGCAGCAGCAGUAACAACAGGCUCAAAUACAGACGGACACCCAACAAGCGAUUGACACGGCAGUGAUCGACUUGUGGGGUCGCUUAAAAACAUUCACAGCACUGGGAGUGCCGCGGAAGGGCUGGGAUCAAGUGGGUGCGCAGCAUCCCUUCCUGAGAGUAGUAAACAGCCAAUUGCGCUGUCACACAGGUAUGAACGCGGGACAACCCGCUCAGGCCAUCACGGACAGUGACGAGGACUAAGCACGGUUCCGCAGGUGCAAGAGGGUGGGCUAGAGAGGGUCAGGGUUUCUGCUUUCUGUUUUCUGUUUAUGUUUGUGGUUGGGCUGGGGGGCUUCGCCAGGGCCAGCGAUGCAGGGUGUGGUUUCCGCCAGAGAGCGGCCCCUGCUGGUCCUUUUGAGGGGGCUUGGUUAGCUUGCUUCAUGCGCCCUAAGCGCCUUGCUUUCCCUCUGUUGUGGCCAGGGGUGUUGUUUGUGGCGGGGCGGCCUUGUGUGUGUUUCUGGCCUUGCUGCUUUCAGAACUAAUCAUGCCAAAAGCCAAACGCAGAAACCCAAUCGUGCCGAUUCCCAAGGCCGCCGAGUUCCAUCAGGCUAAAUCUUGUGGUGCCUCAAAGUCUCACGUGAAUGGCGACAAGCCUAAAAGUGAUGACGGCGCACGCGAGCACCAUGCGAAGGGUCAUUCCGGCGGCGGUCGCGCGGCCAAGCGCGCUCGCAGCGAUGCCGCCAACAGCGACGGUGCACAAGCAUCGAAACGGCCCCGGUCGUCGGGGGGUUCCGAUGCCUCUGCGGGGCGGGGGCCGCGCAGCGGCGCCCCUCGCAGGCCCCAGCAGCAGGACCCGCGCCAGCGCCCGCACAAGCAGGGGCGGCCCGAAGGCUCGGCCUCGCAGCACCACCCGCGCCACCACCACCAUUCUCAGCAGCAGCCGCAGCACCAGUGGACGCCUGUGAGCCAGGUGCACCAGCAGGCGGCGACGGCGGUGGGCAGGCUGCUGGAGGCCGACGCCAGCAGGCGCCACGGCGCCUCGCUCAAGAGCCUCACGCUGGCGCCGCACAUCGUGGCCAAAAAGGCGACGUACGCGGUCACGUGCCAAGUGCUCAAAUUCUCGAGGCUGCUGCAGCAGCUGGACGGGGCGGUGGGGCUGUCGGCCGGCCAGCCCAAGCUGAACAAGUACACUGCUGUGGUGCUCAUGUACGACAUGCUGCGGGGCCAGGCGCUGCGCAAGGGGCAGGCGGAGCGGGCGGUGCUGGCAGCGGAGGCCGACCUGCGGCGCGCCCUGGACUCCAUCCUGCGGGAAGCGGGCGCCAAGGAUAUGGACGAUUGGCUCGCAAAGCAGGGCGGCGGCGAUGGCUUGGGUACGGGCGGCGGCGGCGAGGAGGCCGCGGGGCAGGCGGGAGGCGGCGGCGGCGGCGGCUCGGGGCCAGACGUGCCGCACCCGCGCUGGGUGCGAGUCAACGGACUGAAGGCGGCGGCGGCGGGUGGAGUGGAGGUCGUGGCUUGGCAGCUGCGGGAGCACUUGCGGGUUGGCCAGGCAAGCAAAGCGGGGAGCGCUGCGCCAGCCGAGGCGGAGACCGAGGCUGGGGCUGGCGGGAAGAAGGGCAAGAAGGGCAAGCCGGCCAAACCGGCGGCGGAGCGGGAGCCGAAGGGCCAAAACGAGAACGAGCUUGUGCAGGUGGACCCGCUGCUGCCCGACCUGCUGGCGCUGCCGCCCGGCACCGCACUGCACGACCACCCCCUGGUGGCCAGCGGGGCGGUGGUGCUCCAGAGCAAGGCCUCCUGCAUGCCCGCCCACGCGCUGUCGCCCGCGCCCGGCUGGACGGUGGUGGACUGCUGCGCCGCGCCCGGCAACAAGACCACCCACCUGGCCGCGAUCAUGCGCAACAAGGGCCGCGUCAUCGCGUUCGACAAGGACCCCAAGCGCCUGGCGCGGCUCAAGGCCAACGCCGAGCGCACAGGCGCCAGCUGCGUGCAAGCUCGGCUGCAGGACUUCCUGUCCAUUGACCCCACCGACCCCGAGUUCGGCCAGGUCCGCGGUGUGCUGCUGGACCCCUCCUGCAGCGGCUCCGGCACCACCUUCACGCGACUGGACCACUUGUUGCCCUCACACGCCGCCGCACGACACCGCGCACGCAGCAGCCACGGCCAGGCGGCGGCGGCGGCGGCGGCCGUGACCGCAGCGCCGCAGGGCCGGAAGCGGAAGCCUGAAGGGCAGCAGGGUGGUGGUGGAGAUGAGGCGGAAGAGGUCAGUGAGGUCGAGGAGGUGGCGGCGCAGGAUGGGGAUCAGCCGCAGGCGCUGUCGGCGGAGGCCAUGGAGGCGGUGGCGGCGGCGGUGGCGGCGGAGGCGGCGGGUCUGGAGCGGGAGGAGGCGGCGCGGGUGGCGCAGCUGGCGCGGUUCCAGGCGACUGCGCUGUCGCACGCACUGCGCUUUCCGGCCUUAGAGAGGCUGGUGUACAGCACCUGCUCGGUACACGUGGCGGAGAAUGAGGCGGUGGUGGCGGGAGCGCUGGCGCAGGCGGCGGAGGCGGGCCUGGAGCUGGCGGACCCCUUCCCCGCCUGGCACCGCCGAGGCCUGCCCCUGUUCCCGGGCGCGGAGAAGCUGGUGCGGACAGACGCCUACCUGGACGGCACGGACGGAUUCUUUGUGGCCGUGUUCCAGCGGCGGCACGGCGGCGGCGCCGGCGGCGGCGCCGGCGGGCAGCAGGAGCGCAUGCAGGAGGGAGAGGAGGAGGACGGCCAGGGGCAGCAGGUGGCAGUUGCAGCGGGGGCGGGGGCGGGGGUGAGCCAGGGGAAGCAGGGCAAGGGGAAGAAGAGCAAGGGCGGGGCGGGGCAGGCAGGCAAGGUGGCAGCUGGCGGCGGCGGAGGCGGCGCCAAGCAGCAGCAGGGCGGAGCUGGCACUGGGAAAGGGAAAGCGCAGGCCGUCCCCAUUUCCCAAAGCUUCAGCAAGCAGAUUCAUACCCUGUUUACCUUUGACCUCAAUACUUUGACACCAUAUAAAAUGGCUGCCGUCAUGGAAGCCGAGCUCGAGAAGUCGCCAGGCUUGAACUCUGCGGAGAUCAGCGAGGACGAAGCUGUGGACGUGGACGACCACCUGCGGUCAGAAGAGCACCUGCUGCACAAGCAGCGUUUGCAGGCAGAGGUCUCGGCACGCGAGAAGGACCCGCCGCCGCCCGCCAACGAUGGCAAUGCCGCGGCCAAGCUGAUGGAGCUUGUUGGCAAGACGGACCUGUACAGCUCCUUCCUAGCGGACCAGUUCCAGGAGGUGGUGGACCAGACGCUGCGGGACGCCGCGGCCGGCACCGAAGAGGGCGGGCAGCCGGCCGCGAAGAAGGCGCGCACGAAGAAGGGCGGCGUGGCCUCGAGCAGCGCAACCCAGCGCCUGCUGCCCCUGAUCCGGGCCGACCUACGUGACUACCAGCUCAAGGGCGUGGCCUGGCUCAUCAGCCUGUACAAGAACGGCGUCAACGGCAUCCUGGCGGACGAGAUGGGGCUGGGCAAGACGCUGCAAACCAUCGGCUUCAUCUCCUACCUUUGGCAGCACUGCAAGGACAAGUCGGGCAAGUACAUGGUGGUGGGGCCGCUGUCCACGUUGUCCAACUGGGUGGCGGAGUUCCAGCGGUUCGCGCCCGACCUGCCCGUGCUGCUCUACCACGGCUCUCAGGCGGAGCGCGAGCAGAUGCGCAAGGAGCACAUGGCGACCAACGGCUCCAAGCAGAUGCCCAUCAUCGUGACCAGCUACGAGAUCGUGAUGGCGGACCGGCGCCACCUGGAGCGACACGUGUGGAAGCUGGUGGUGGUGGACGAGGGCCACCGCCUGAAGAACUUCGACUGCCGGCUGCUGCGCGAGAUGCGGCAGCUCACCAUGGAGUCGCGCCUGCUGCUGACGGGCACGCCGCUGCAGAACAACCUGCGCGAGCUGUGGUCGCUGCUCAGCUUCUGCAUGCCCAACGUCUUCCACGACGCGCAGCAGUUCCUGGACUGGUUUGACAUCCGCACCCCCGCCGCCGCCAUCCCCGACGGCGUCACCAUGCCGCAGCCCCAGCAGUCCGCCGCAGCUCCCGCAGGCGCCGCCGCCACUGGGGCCGCCGCCGCCGGUCCCGCCGCCACUGGAGCCGCUGCCGCGCCCGCACCCAAGCGGCGCGGGCGGCUGUCCAAGAAAGCCAAGGCGGAGCAGGAGGCGCAGGCGGCCGCCGAGGCCGCCGCGAAGGCAGAGCAGGAGCCCGCCAAGUCGUCGGACGAGGAGGAGGAGGAGAAGGAGGCGGACGCUGGGCCGAGCAACAGCACGGAGGAGAAGGAGGCGGAGGAGGCGAAGGCGGGCGGCUCGGGGAGAGCCACGGAGCAGGCGGGUGCGGCGGCGGAGCAGGCGGGUGCGGCGGCGCCGUCCUCCAUUGACUUUGACAUGGUGUCGCGGCUGCACAAGAUCCUCAAGCCCUUUGUGCUGCGGCGUGUGAAGGCGGACGUCAACAUCGGCGUGCCGCCCAAGCAGGAGGUGCUGCUGUAUGCGGAGAUGAGCGAGGAGCAACGGCGUCUCACACGCGGCCUCAUCGACGGCACACUCAAGGAGGAGAUGGCGCGCGAGACGCGCGGCCGCAGUUUGAACAACCUCAUCAUGCAGCUGCGCAAGGUGUGCAACCACCCCGACCUCAUCACCGGCGCCGCCUCCGACAACCAGAUGUACCCGCCCGCCGACGAGCUGGCGGCGGCCUGCGGCAAGUUGGCGCUGCUGGAGCGGCUGCUGACGCGGCUGCGCGCGGGCGGGCACCGCGUGCUCAUCUUCUCGCAGAUGACUGAGAUGCUCAACGUGUUGGAGGCGUACCUGGAGGACCGCGGCAUCCCCGCCGCCCGCCUGGACGGCUCCGUGCCCUGGCAGCAGCGCAUGACCGACAUCGCAGACUUCCAGUCGGGCACUGCUGCCGCCAAGGACGUGUUCCUGCUGUCCACGCGCGCCGGCGGCCUGGGCAUCAACCUCACCGCCGCCGACACGGUUAUCAUCUACGACAGCGACUGGAACCCGCACCAGGACUCGCAGGCCAUGGACCGCUGCCACCGCAUCGGCCAGUCGCGGCCGGUGCUGGUGUUCCGGCUGGUGACGGCAAACAGCGUGGAGUGCCGCAUGCUGGCGCGUGCCGAGAGCAAGAAGGCGCUGGAGCGCAUCGUCAUCAAGAAGGGCGCCUUCAAGGAGGUGGACCAGGCCGCCUCCACCAGCGCGGACGAGCUGGUGCAGCUGCUCAACCCCGACACGCGCACCGACGACCUGCCGCAGAGCGGCGUGGUCAGCGACGACGUGCUGGCGCAGCUGCUGGACCGCUCCCACCUGGCCGCCGCACACGCAGCCAACCAGAUGCAGCACGGGGCGGCGGGGGCAGCGGCGGGGGCAGGUGGUGCGAAGAAGGCGGGUGGGAAGGGCGGGAAGGCGGCGGAGAAGGAGAAGGUGGAGAGGGCGGCGGUGGGGCCGGACGGCGCGCCGGUGCUGCCGUACCCGGCGGUGGGCAAGGGCUAUGAGGUGGUGGUGGACGGACCGCGGCGGGCGGUGGGUGUGCUGGACACCAUUGACGACGACUGACGAGUGAAGGGUGUGUGGGAGGAUGGGCACGUGGGGUGGCUGGGUAUCAAUGCCAUUCGUGUUGCGCUGUGUGUUCCAUUGCGUGCGUGUGCCGUGCGUGUGCCGCGUGGCAUGACUGGGUGACAUGGUGGGUGGAGGAGGCGUGGUUGUGGGGGAAGGGGAAUGAGGAGGAGGCGGGUACGGUAUGGACCUGCUGUGCGUGAAUGAGGCGGCGCAGGUAUACCAUACGGUAGGUACUUUCAGGUUUGAGAUGAUGGGACUAGCAGUGACAGUGGCCACGUGCGUUAUACUGCCCUUCAUGCGAUUGACGUUCACACUGAGGUUCCGUACAUGCCCGACAGUAGCGGCGGGGGAACUCGAGUUACGGUAGUUUCUAGUUGUUUACAGGUACAGCCUUACUUCAACUUUUACCGCCGUGGUGCCAAUGCACCAUUGCUAGACACAAAUGUCUCGUAUGAUUACGGUAUCCCCGUGCGCAUUCGCACACAGUCAUGCUGUGUAGUCCAGAGAGGCUAGGUCACUAGGUUGAUAGGCAGGCUUGGUCACACAUCAGAGGGUCAUAAGUCCAGAGGUGGUGGCAACAGGUAGCACGCAGGAGACAAGUCCGCGUGGUGCGGUUCCUGUCAAGGCAUAUGUAUGCAGCACUGAUGGCUGCGCUUUGUGGACAGGGAAAGUGAACUCUGAGGCUUGUAACAUCUUAUUCAU